GGAUGGGCCUCUGGCAUCAGAAACACUAGGGCACUUGUUAAAAUGCUGCUUGCUGGGUACCCGCACUUAUGAAUUCAAUUCAGUGGGCCUUGGAGGGGCGGGGAUACUGACAGGAGCCUGUGAUUUUAGAAGUACGACAGGUGAAUUCGGUGCAUAAUCAGGUUUGUGACUCCCUGAGCUAGAUGCCGUGUACUGCCUUCUGCAGCAUGGAACUUCUCUGGUCCCAUCUCCAUUUGAUGGAAGAGACUGAAUGGGGAACUGAUUUGACCAAAGUCAUGCUUUUGGAAGGCCAGAGAACCUGGUCUCCUGCCUCCUAGGGCAGGAUCUUUGCACUGCACCUACGAGUCAGAUCCAGGAAGAUACAAGGAGGGACAAAGUUGGGGUGGGGUGGGGGGUACGGUGUGAAGGACUAUGAGGCAAGAGUCAUUGUCCCUGCCCCCUAACCCCCUUCUCCAUUCACUUUGCCUUUGGGCAAUUUCCUCCCAAACCUGGGUGGGGGAGGGUGGGGUUCCGGUGUUGAAAUGGCAUCCUGGGCAGACAUAAACACCCCACCCACUUUGCCCACGGGCCAAGCUCCUGGGCCUACACCAGCUCCCAGCUCUAGGGAUGGCAGUAUAACAAAGGGGCAGGGGGCAAGAGCUAGGGAGAUCCUCCUUCCAAAAGAUAAUUUGCAGUCCUUACUAAUUUUGGAUUAAGUCAAAGAGUGGAUUUCGUAUUGGAUAGCUGUGAUAGGCCAUCCUUGUAGUGAUCUAAGGUCAUGCAAUUUGAGGUCAUCCAGUCCUGGCCUCUGUUCUUUUCUAAGUGUCUCCCUCUCCCAGCCUGCCUGCCUUUACUUAUAUGGUAGGGGUGGGGUGCUGUGUCUGGCCAGAAGAUAUUGGGAGGUCCCUGUGAUAUCUACUUGUCUUCUCUUGUUGAAGGCUGGGGGAGCAGGUGCAGGGAGAUGGGUAUUAAGGAAUAGGGAGGUGGGAUGAGGAGAGGGGCAGAUAGAAGGGAGAAGAUGAAGACAGGGGUGAGGGUUUGCUGAGAACUGUAAGCUGCCCAAGCAGAAAGGGACCUCGAGUUCGACUUCUCCAACUCCCUAGUUUUAUAAAUGAGGAAACAGAAGCUCAGAGCAGUGUGACAGCUUUGCCCAGCCUCACAUGGCUGCUCUGUGGCUGACUGGCAGCUAGAGCCCAGAUCAAACAUGGGUGGGGGUGCUGAAGGGGACUGUGUUUUUAAGACUCCAAAGAGAUACUCCCCCAGAAGAAAAGAGAUAUCACAGGAUGAACUGACUGAGGUGAACCGCCAGGAGAGGCUUGGAGUCUGGAGACUCAGGAGUGGGAUGGGAAGGUGUCUGAGAGGCUGCUGCCUGCUAGCAGAGUCGGCUAGUAGACAUUCCAGAUGUAUGCCGGCUCUUUAUAGGGUUGAGUCUCAAUUUCUGAAUGGACCCUAUAGAAUCUUUGUGAAAAUCAUUCUCAAACUAAUUCUUGUAAAACAUCAGUAUAGCUCUUGACAGUGCUUAAUAAGCUUUUGCUAUGGUUGUUGUAUGCCCUUAAGAACCUUGGAAGCCUGGUGGUUUGGGUUGGGGUAUGGCCAGGAUGACCCUGUAGGGCCAUAGGACAGAGGUCCAGUGUCUCCAGAGACCAUUCCUCCUCUGCUGCCUCCAGCUGAUAAACCUCUUAUCAGGCUCAAGCAGGGGAGCCCAGAGUCAGGAUAGGAGGAGAAGGCAGAACUGCUAUCAGCCACCAGGCCUGGGCCGUAUCUCAGAGAAGGGGAGGGGCUAUCUGCUUGGCUCUUCCCACAACAUGCUCCUUGGGGAUCCCGAAGUACUUACUCUCAACCUUGGAGGAUGAGACAGAGGAGGAAAACUGAGGACCGAGGGGGAAAGCAGGAGUGAUCCCUAGAAUUGCCCCAGAAAAUGGGGGAAAAACAACCCCAGAAGAUGUGACUUCUUCCCUGCACGCUGAUACAGUUUUGGGGAGCAAGAAGAAGGGGAAAGGGAAGGCACCUUGUCUGAAAAAGUAGGUAAAGACCUACUGGGCUCCCAAAGGACCUGACUACAGCCACAGCAGGUUGCUGGGGCCUUUUGGGCUUUGGGGACCCGGGACCAGGCCCUGGCCCAGUAGGAUGCCCCCGUGUCCUCCCCAGCAGAGCAGGAACAGGGUGACACAGUUACCCGCUCUGGAGCUGGGUGAGAUGGAGUUGACUUGGCAAGAGAUCAUGUCCAUCACUGAGCUGCAGGGCCUAAACGCUCCAAGUGAAACAUCAUUUGAGGCCCCAGCCCCAGCCCCAUAUCCUGGGCCCCCACCACCCCCAACUUACUGCCCCUGCUCAAUUCACCCAGAUGCUGGCUUCGCCCUUCCUCCACCACCUUAUGAGCUUCCAGCACCCACAUCUCAGGUCCCAGAGCCUUCAUACUCCUAUGGCAACAUGGCCAUCCCAGUCUCCAAGCCACUGACCCUCUCGAGCCUGCUCAGUGAGCCCCUCCCAGACCCCUUGGCUCUCCUGGACAUUGGUCUGCCAGCGGGGCCCCCCAAGCCCCAAGAAGACCCAGAAUCCGACUCAGGAUUAUCCCUCAACUAUAGUGACGCUGAAUCUCUUGAGCUGGAGGGGACAGAGGCUGGUCGGCGGCGCAGUGAGUACGUAGAGAUGUACCCAGUGGAGUACCCCUAUUCACUUAUGCCCAACUCUUUGGCCCACCCUAACUAUGCCUUGCCACCUGCGGAGAACCCCUUAGCCUUAGAACCCUCUUCAGGCCCGGUGCGGGCCAAGUCCACUGCACGGGGGGAGGCGGGGAGUCGGGAUGAGCGUCGGGCCCUGGCUAUGAAGAUUCCCUUCCCGACGGACAAGAUUGUCAACUUGCCGGUAGAUGACUUUAACGAGCUGUUGGCACGAUACCCACUGACGGAGAGCCAGCUGGCCUUAGUCCGGGACAUCCGACGGCGGGGCAAAAACAAGGUGGCCGCCCAGAACUGUCGCAAGAGAAAGUUGGAGACCAUUGUGCAGUUGGAGCGGGAACUGGAGCGGCUGGGCAGUGAGCGGGAACGACUUCUCCGGGCCAGAGGGGAGGCUGACAGGACCCUGGAGGUCAUGCGCCAACAGCUGACGGAGCUGUACUGUGACAUUUUCCAGCACCUGCGGGAUGAAGCGGGCAACAGCUACUCCCCUGAAGAGUAUGCUCUCCAACAGGCUGCUGAUGGGGCCAUCUUCCUGGUGCCCCGGGGGACCAAGAUGGAGGCCACAGACUAAGCUGGCCCAGAGGGGUGGGACUGGUGAUGGAGAUUUCCUUUAUUCCCUUCUGAUAAAUGUUCUCCCCAGAAGAAGCUGGGUUCUCCAGACCAGAAGGUGACAAUGGGAAACCUGGCAUUUGGAGGACCCAAGGUGUAUUCAGUAAGGCUUGCCUUGAGACAAGUGUAUGAGGGGAGGUUGGAAUCUCUUUUCCAUGAUUCAGCUUCCUAGGUCUCCAACCUCCACCUCUUGUUUGAGCUUUGGUCUAUAAAAUGCUCUACACAAAUAG